ACGGAAGUGGUUGGUCCGCCAUAUCAUUCGUGUGGGUCUGUGCUUGUGUGGUUUGGGUGUCUUACCGGUGCCAACCAUUAUUUUUAAUUAGUAAUAAGUUAUGCGUAUGAAUCCAGACAUGGACGAUGACGAGAAGGGAAAACUGUUUGUUGGUGGGCUAUCAUGGGAAACAUCCCAGGAGAAUCUGCAGCGCUACUUUUCGCGCUACGGUGACGUCAUUGACUGCGUUGUGAUGAAGAACAGUGAGUCAGGCCGCUCCAGAGGAUUUGGUUUUGUCACAUUUGCUGAGCCAUCCCUGGUUAAUGUAGUGCUGCAGAAUGGUCCGCAUCAACUCGAUGGCAGGACAAUCGAUCCAAAGCCCUGCAACCCGCGCACCCUGCAAAAGCCGAAGCGCGGCGGCGGCUACCCCAAGGUGUUUCUGGGCGGCUUGCCCUCCAAUAUCACGGAGACCGAUCUGAGAGUGUUCUUUGGACGCUACGGCAAGGUCAUGGAAGUCGUCAUUAUGUAUGACCAGGAGAAGAAGAAAUCUAGAGGUUUCGGUUUCCUGUCGUUUGAAGAUGAGAUAUCCGUGGAGCGAGUGACCCAGGAGCAUUUCAUUAACCUUAAUGGAAAACAGGUGGAGAUAAAGCGCGCGGAGCCGCGCGACGGGUCCGGCAAGCUGGGCUCCGGCGGCAGCGGGCUCGGCGGCGGCGGCAUGGGCGGUGCGCCCGGCGACGCGCCCGCCGCCGGCCAGUGGGGCCCGCCGCAGGCCGCGCCCAUCAACAUGAUACAGGGCCACAACGGCCAGAUGGGAGGCCCGCCGAUCAACAUGCCCAUGGCUGGACCCAAUAUCAUGCAAGGGUACCAGGGCUGGGGCACGUCGCCCGGGCAGACGUCGUACGCGGGCUACGGCGCGGCGGGCGGCGGCGCGGGCCCCGGCAACUACCAGGGCUGGGGCGCGCCGCCCGGCCCGCAGGCGCCGCCGCACGCGCCCGCCUGGCCCGCCACCAACAACUACACGCAGCACGCGCAGCCGCCCGCGCAGGGCUACGGCAGCUACGCGAACUACAGCUCGGCGCCGGCGGGCGCGUCAGCGGGCGGCAGCUGGACCAACUGGAACAUGCCACAGAACUCCAACUCCACCGGCUCCGCCGGGUCGUACGUGCCGCUGUCGGAGGGCGGCGAGAUGUACGGGCGCGGCGGCGGCGGCGCGGGCGGCGCGGCGCCGCUCGCCGGCGCGCUCUCGUCCGCCGCGCUCUCCAAGAGCUCCUCGGCGGACUACUCCACCUACCAGCAGUACCCGCCCGCCUACCAGCAGGACCAGGGCUCGUCGUACGGCGGCGCGUCGCGGUACGCAGCGGGCGGCGAGUACCACUCGGCCGCCGGCCAGCCAGGUGUGCACCUCCCGCACCACGCGCCCAAACACUUCGAGUUUAACAAGGAGUGGCCCGCCGCCUAGGCUCGCACGCCCGCGCCCACACGCCCACGCGCCCACGCGCCCACACGUCCACACUCCACGCGCGACACGCCCACACGCGGAACGAUAGCCCGCUUGUUUUACGCGCCCCUUUUCUUUUCCCCUUUGCUAAGUCUCUUUGAACUUGAAUUUCUUUUAAUCGUCAACUCGAACAUAAUGCGUGAUAUUUAACAUUUUAAAUAGUAUCGAGUCCUCACAACCUACAUCCCAAUCCCAUGUAGUGAGUCUGAAAACUAACGAUCAAGCGGGUUAUUUUGUCUGCAAACUUGUCCCCGACCAACUCGAGUACCCGGUUUAGUAGGCUCGUCUCAGUUGGCAACAUUCACACACGACUAUCCCGUCGCACCGAUGUCUGCCUGAAUUUUUGUCUGCGAACACAUUCAGUGCUGAUUUUGAACAUAGCGCAGCAUCAUCGGUCGGCCGGAUCGGUUACACAACACUAUCGAAUCUGUCUCAGAAAUGUGACAGUGAACCUUGAUAGUAGGUUUUUUUAAUAAGUAUCAAAUUUCAUUCAUAUAUUGAGUAGGAUUUAGUUUAUACCGACACGAAACAAUAGGCAAGUCGCGUUUAAAUGAACAUUUAACAUGUUACAUCGACAUUUUUAUCAUAUGUCAAGUUCAAUGCAACACAAAUGUAAAGUAAACUUUGUAAGCGACUACUAUAAGAACUAAACUGCAUUAACACAAACCCACACGCGUACGUAAGGACCUACAUUUUUAUAAUGUUAAAUAUUUAUUAUUAAAGAACUAAUUAUGAUAUUAGAUUUAAAACACUUGCAUGAAUAAUUGGAUAGUGCUUAGUGAGGCGUAUUUUUUGAAUUCGCUUGUUGCAACGUUUCGCUGUGUUAAAUGUUUCUCUCGUGAAGUCCCUAAUGUAAUUUGAUGAACUUUUCCUUUCCCCGAAGUCUCGCGGCCCCUCGACUAAGUCCGAAGAACGCUGAAGUCGGCAUGUACUCGCCUGUACGACACGUUUUCUUUUUAACUCUUUCAAAUAUUUUUGGAUGUGGGCUCUUAACGUUUUUAAUCUUCUUAUAUAUUAUAUUUUUGAUUGUCAAUUAUUAUCAUUUUUCUUUCGGAGUUAAAAAUGAUUUCUUUUAAUAACAUCAUGAUGGAUCGUUGGGAUCUCGUUUGUAAGGUAGUGGUGAUGUUACAAUGUAACGUAAGUAAUAAGUACGCGCCCGCGAGCGGCGGCUCGGCGCGCAUUUGACAGACACGCGACACGACGCGACGCGACCGCGACACGACCGCGACGCGACCGCGACACGCAGACACCUAAACAACUUAACUUAAGCUAAUCACUUGUAUAAAUAUUUCGUAUUCGUAUAUAUAUCGAUAUGUAUGGUUAAUAUUAGAAGAUUUUGGUUAUUUACCACGCACUAGAGUUAGGAAAAACGGUAGCGAUGUAAUGAAAUUAUUAUUAUUAUGUGUUAAUAUUAAACAAAACAUAGUAGGAUGACUGAACGUGAUUCUUUUUAAUUAAUAUUUUUCCCGUUAUUUUAAAUAGUAGGGGAACAAUUUCUGUGUACAUGAUUAUUCGUAAUUUUAAUUUCUUAUACAUAUAUUGAAUUUUAGUUAUCGCAUUUUUAAGUUAUUAAUUGUGGAAUUUAUUAACUUUAAUGAAUUAAAUUUACCUGCCAAAUUGUAAAAGCAAACGAUAAUGUAUGUGUUAAGUGACUGACGAAGCUCAAUCAUUAGGAUAUAGAUAGGGCGCCGCCCCGCACCGUUCGCGCGGACUCUUGUACAUAUAUAUACUUACUUGUGUGUAAAGCAUAAUUUUAAUCGAACCAAUUGACACAUAGUUUUAACGUUUUUAAUUUGUACGAUUGCCAAAUAUUUUUUAAAACUGUAUAGAUUUCGAGCCCUCCGGCUCGCGCUCGGGCGCCGCGCCCCGACAUGUGAGUUAUAAUUUAAAUAACAUUUUUAGAUUAAAUUUAAUGUUAGUCCUUUACUGUACUAUAUCGCUCAAUCAUUUGACCGAUCGACUGAUUAAAAUUUUAGUGAUAAGCUAAGUAAUUAAAUCGGAGCGUAGCAGUCGAGCGCGGCGUCCGGUCGACAUUAUUUGUUGUAAUUAUCUUAGAGUUUACGGCGUACUGUUAGACUGCCCGGUUUAUACGAACGGGAGCUGUUCCUUUAAUUUUAAAUAUAUAGAUGCGCGACCGCUCCAACCGCGGCGCAUGAUAAGAUUUGUUAUAAAUGUUUUUACUAGACGAAUUGUUGAAUACAUUGAAUGCAUAAUUUGAUCGCGUAUAGUAUAGGGUUAUUUAAGAUCGCACCAUAAGUAAAGUAUAAUUUAUAUACGAUGAGUAAAGUGAGGUGUAAGCAAAUUUAUAAGUGACGCGGUCCGGCGAAAGGUGCGGGGUGCCAAAUUAACGCUAAACAUACUGAGGAAAACGCCUUUACAUUGUGAUGUUCAUAGUUAAUGCACAUAUUGGUACAUUUCUUAUAGCUCUAUAUUAAUUACACACGACUGACAUAAUGUAGGAAAUGGAAACUCGUACCUUAAAACAAUAUAAAGAAAUAAUUAAUUAAUAACUAAACGAUUGAAAUCAGUGCCUAAUUGCCCACUAGGUUACGUGUAGUCUUUACUAUUUAUCGCUUCGUUUACUGUCGUCUGAUCGUUCCUAUAUUUAGGUUUAAUUGUGUUUCAAUUUCAUUCCUCAGUUACGACUCUUUAUUACUAAGUCUCUUUAGUUGUGUAGGCUCGUUGGAACUGCACGUUCAAGUCGCUUUUAAUUGCAUUUCACACAAGUCCCAUUUCGCUAACCCGCUCCACGCGCUGCGUCCCGCGCGCGCGUGCCACGACUCAUCACUCGUCAUAACUCACCGUAGGUAUAAUGUGCAACCACCGAUGAUCGAUCGAAAUGUUAAAAACGAUGCCUUAAAAAGUUAAGUAAAUAUAUAGAUGAUUUAUAUUAUAUUAUUUUCAGUGAUAUUCGAGUUAGCACUAAGGUGUUAGUAAACGGGACGUAAGCCCGCACUCACAAACGUUCGGAACAAUUAAGCAAGUUAGUUUGUAAUGAAUCAAUGUGGCAAUCAUCUAAUUAAAACAUAAAGAGUAUGAUUUAUUUAUAAUAAAAUAUAAUAUGUAUUUAGAAAUUUUAGAUUUACUCAACAUUAAACUUAGUGCAAAUUAUUGUGAAAAAUCAAUUGAAGACUAUUUAUAUGAGUUUUUAAUUAUUAUUAUAUAGGAGGAGAGCAUUAAAUAUUGGAUGAAUAUAUUAAUUAAAAAUAGUUAGCGAAAUACAAAUACGAUAAGACUCGUUAGAGGCUCGUCUGUCAAAUGCCGCCGUGGCGCGCUCGCGGCGCCUGACGCACUUGCAUCAUUGCAUUUUAAUAUUACAUUAUUACACUGAGUAAUAUCGACAUAAGAUAUAUUAUGUACUGUAUCUUAAUAUAAUGUUUAUGGAAUAAUAUUUUAAUCAUGGCUUAACUGUAGUGAUGUUUUGUAGUUAACCUUUCGACUCUUGUUUGUAUUACUUUAUAUAGUGUACGCGGUUUUUAUAUGUGUAUGUUUAUUCAGUAGUAUAACAUGUUUGUGUAAAAGUGUAUUUUGGUAUUUGAUAGCUAGCGCGUCGCCACGCGAGCGCAUACAUCAAUAAAGUUUACGAUCGUAAUUGACUAAUUAUAUUAUACAAUCCCCUAGUUGUAACGUUAGAUUAGCUGGAACUCUCUUUUUAAGUUCAUUUUACUCGUAAUUGCAUUUAAAGCAAAUGCGUCGGCAAACAACGGCCGAUUGUCACUAUAGUCGGUUCUAAACUUAUUUUUAAAAACCAAUGCAGGUAUUAUUAAUAUAAAAUCCUCGUAUUUAUGCUAGAGUAUAUAAUAUAAUGUAAUUAUUGAACACAUUUUAAUCGUAAAAUAAAUUGCACGGGCUUUACAGUUAAUUAUAACAUUAAUUAUUAUAAAAACUUAGGGCAAGUUGUUAUUUAUUUCUGUUUUAAUUAAAAUUUUGAUGUUGAUUAUUUUUUUAACUAUAUUUUUUCUUUAUAGUGAAUUAAAGUACAUAUUUCGAUCUAUUUAGAUUACAAAAUGAUUAGGUGAACUAUCGACUGAUGUACAAUAUUAAAAGUAAUGUUUACUUAUGGCAGUGUAUAAGUUUUACUUGACGCGUCCCAUUACGGGGCGCCGUAUUUAUACUGACUUGUAUUAAUUUCGUAUAAAGUGUAAUUAAUCGGAAGCGGCGGCCGCGAUAGAGCCAUCUACUAGCAUGUUACGAUUGUAAGACUAUUAUCUAGAUUUGUUAUAAUCUUGUAAUGUGUACUAUACCUUAGCCCUAAAGAGUGCGUGCGCGCGAGCGAGCGCGCCCGCUCGGACGCGCUCGCUCCGCAUACUUUAUAUAAAAAGGAAAAUUAUGAUAGACUUACGCGUGCGUCCUUGUUAUUUUUUUUACAAGUACCUAAUGAUAAUUAGUUAAUUACGGUUAUUAAUUAAUAUAAUUAACCGAAGCACUAAAAUUUUAAGAUGGAAAGCUUUGUAUGAGGUUUAAGUAUUCGAUGUAAUGAUUAAAAGUGCUAUCACAGAACAUAACACUAAGGUUUUUUCGAAGUAGAAAUUAUGCAUUAUUCAUAUUAGGUAUUUUGGGUAUAUAUUAGCGUUAGUUUUAACUGGUAACAUUUAAGUAUGUAGUUUGUAAUGUAAUGGAAAAAAUUAAACGGUUUUGUCGUAGUUUCCUAUUAUUAAGCUUCUUCUACCUUAAUGGUUUAAGUAAUUACUACUGGUUUAUAAAUUUAAAAUAUUAAUAUUACCACUGCAAAUAUUUGAGAUAUCUUAUGAUGAAAUAUAUAUCUACUUUAAGGACAUUAUAAAACGUAGAUAAUUAAAAGAAAUCAAAAAUUUCAAAAU